CCCAGUGCCAGAUUUCAGUUCAAUUUGUGCGUUUGCUGGCAGCGGUUUCGGUUUCAGUUUCAGUUUCGUUUACAUUUUCAAGCCUGUGUAUUCCCCCAUUGACAAAAUGUCGCGAUUGUCAAGCUCCACAUAUAGUUCCAUUUGUUUUUUGGUAUUUCUGCAUUUCGUGCUGUUGCUGCUGCUGACGACGACGACGACGACGUACGGAAAGCCAGCUAGCGGCAGUCAGGCCAGCAGCAAGACGACUACCACCACUCCCGCUCCCGCUCCCGAUCAGAGCAAUGGGAUGGUGCACGUGGCCAGCUAUGUGAACCAGAAGCGGACAGCCGGAGCGCGAGAGGAGUUCGACUUUGAGCAGAACGAAGCGGAGGCCACGAAUUCCGCGCAUGUGCGGCAGCUGUUCGGCAGUCUGCUGCUGCUGCCCGGCAGCGGCAACAAGAGCCUGGAGGUGACCCUGGAAACCCUCGACGAUGAGCCGGUCAGUGAGCGAAAUACUUUGGAUGAUCUGAAUCUGGAGACGGCCAGUGAGCAGCACGAGGGUGCCACUGAGUCGGCCGAUAACUGGAGUCGCAUUAAGUUGGCCAUUCCCGUCCUGGAGCCGGUCAAACAUCUGAUAAAUGCCGUUGGCGGUGGCGGCGUCAACGAUACGCAUGUGCGCACCAACUCGCAUCGUCUGAUUGGGCAUCAUGGUGUCCAUCACUCGCCUCAUAGCGGCGGGGGCAACAUUAGCUCGCCGGCCAUCGAGACGGAGGAGGACCGUGAGACGGCCAUAGACAGCACCGGGUUCGAUGUGCUCGAGACACUUGGAUCGGCUGGAACCGUGCUGUGGGGCAUCCUUCAGAAUCUGAGGAAGCUGUUUGCGGCCAGUGCUGGAAAUGCCAGCGCCUCCUCUUCCGGCGGUGGCGGUAAUUAGAUGUCGCUGGAGGGAGUUGCGCGGGGCUGGGCUUGUGGUCUGUGAUUAAUAUUAGCGAUAAAUUAAUUGAGUUUCAAUUAUAUUUGAUACGUACUAAUAAAGUAAACGAAUUAUGAUAAA